AGAAUCUAAACAAACGUUGGUAGUAUAGCGGAUCGCGCCAAAAUAAUUCAAAUUUAAAGAAUUCUUUUUAACAUUAUUACCUAUUGUACGUUUUUACCUUGGCUCGUCUUUUGAUUAUGGGACCAUUGUAAACUUAACUGUUGAUCUCGCUGCACGAACCAUUUGUUACAGUAGUUUCGCCUAAUUAUUUUGAGGUCUAAUGCCCGUAUUCACCAACGUUCAAUAAGUUCUAUUGGUUCCAUAAAGUGAAGUUAUUGGUUCAAUAAAAAAAAUCGGUAUGCGCCAAACUUCAAUAGUGAUAUUGGUUCCAUAAACGAAUCCAUAAGUUAUUGGCCGAAAUGUCUUCCAUUAAGAGGUUUUGAGGUUAUGCUGAAUGUUAUUAGAAUUGUGUCUUACUAGUGUAAUUUCUGCUAUAAAAAUUAUUUUCAGUUAAGUAUAGAUGUUUUUCUUCAACAAAAAUUUGUUACAGGAAUGGCCUUAAUACCAGAUAUUUUAGAUUUAUCUUCAUCAGAUGAUGGCUUACCAUCGCUACGGACAACGACGUCUCGUCCAGACCUUCUGCGGCACGGCACCUAAGGGCUCCAAAACCACCUGGGAGUUCCGCCUUACUUACCAGGAACAGCACCAUCUUGUCUUCCAUCAGUACCUAGCGUGUAAGGAUCUUAAACCAUGCUCUUAAUCAAAAUCCUGAAAAAGCUUCUCCACGCCAAGCGCGUCAUAUCGAUUAUAUAGCCCAAUUUACUAUUGACAUUCGUCAUGUAUCUGUUCCUAAUUCGAUCCCAUACGAUGAGAUAGCACGAGGCCAGCAAGACGACAUGGAGCUACAGUCGUACUUAAACGAAUUAUUUGCGAUCAAUCUACAGGGAAAUCACGACCAUACAUACCCAAGCAGUAUAGAAUAGUACAUUAUACAUCAAGGGAGAGAAAUGCAUUAUUUUUCCCGCGGUGCGAUUUGUAGCCAGAGGGCGAAGCGAAGCGGAGCCCGAGGGCUACAAAGCACCAAGGGAAAAUGGCAUUUCGCUCCAGAGGUGUAUAUACUAUUUUUUUGCAUUCGCGUCGACGUUUACCUAUACUCUUUAAAUGAAUUGAUGGUUCUUUGAAGAUUAUAACCACAUAUUAAUCAGGUUAGUGGAGAAUUAAGUAUAACCGUGGCAACCAAUAAAUUAAAAUUUAAUCAUGUUAGUCGAGAAUUCAGAUAAACCAUGGCAACAGAUAAACAAACAAUGUUUGCUGUUGAAAAAGUGCGUGAAUUAAAAUGGAAGUUGCGGGUUGUUCUGAAGAACCUUAUGAAAUUACAAACGCCGCUAACGCUGCUGUUGUGAAUUUACUACCUGAUAAGUCGAAAAAGUUGUAUGAAGCAGCAUAUAAAGGUUUUAAAGACUGGUGCAUAGAAAAAGAUGUCGCGACCGUCACCGACAAUGUUAUGUUGGUUUACUUUAGCGAAAAAGCCAAAAAGUACAAAUGUUCAACGGUAUGGGCACAAUAUUCCAUGGUGAGGUCUUGUAUGCUCAUUUACGACAAUGUUGACAUCAACAAAUUUCCAAAAUUGAUAUCAUUUUUAAAAAGGAAUUCUGAUGGAUAUUCUCCGAAAAAAUCGAAAAUAUUUAAUAGAGAAGAGGUGGAAAAAUUCUUGCUUGAAGCUGACGAUGAUACCCAUCUUAUGCGAAAGGUUGCGUUGAUUUUUGGAAUAUCUGGCGCAUGUCGCACUGACGAAUUGGUCAAUAUGACACUGGAUAACGUUGAAGAUGUGGGGUCUUCUUUCAUAAUUACCCUGCCACAUACAAAAAACAAAACAUCCAGAACGUUCGUUAUAGCGAGUAAUGAAGGCGGUAAAGUGGAUUUUCUUCAGAUAAUUCGCAAAUACACGUCCCUUCGACCUGGAACUAACCAUGGACGAUUUUUUGUUUUCUACAAGAACGGAAAAUGUACUCAGCCGGUUGGGAAAAACACGCUUGGCAAGGUGCCAAAUAUGAUCGCCAAUUACUUAAAAUUACCAAACCCAGAACUCUAUACGGGGCACUGCAUGAGGCGUUCCUCCACCACUCUAUUGGCGGAUGCUGGAGCUGACAUCACCACUAUAAAACGGCAUGGUGGGUGGAAGUCCACCACAGUCGCGGAAAGCUACAUUGAGAACUCUGUGGCCAACAAAACGAAGAUUGCAAAUCAGAUUAUUCAAGGUAGCACUACCUCAAAUGUCAAUAUAACAUCGGGAGCCAGUUCUGAUUCGAAUCUAUUGAUUAAUAAAAUUCCAGCGGUAAAUUUUACAAAAUGUGAAAAUAUAACGUUUAAUUUAAAUAUAAACAAUGUACCUUUUUAAGUUUGAGUUAAUAUAACCUAUAUAAAUAUCAGGGAGUUUUCAUUAUCAUUAUUUCUCAAGGGACUGAAAUGCAAUUUCUGUCCCUGUUUUGUGAUCAUAGAAAC